CCCCCGGCAUGAACAAUCGUCCCUUCCCAUUGCGCAGAGGCAGCACCCCUGGCGUCGCGCAGAGGCUGCACUGCUGGCGUUCGCAGCGGCCUUGGGAAACCAUCCAGUAUUAGCCUCGUACGGCAACUGGCUCAACGUAACGGUGGGAAUGACAUACGAGACAACCAAGCCGUGCGUGCAGUUCUGGAAGUUCAUCACAUGCGAUUCGGAAGGCCGAUUCAGUGGCAUCAAUUUUAUGGACAACAAGAUGGUCGGACCCAUCCCCAACACGCUCUCCACUUUGAAAUCCCUCCAAUAUCUCGAUGUGAGUCUGAAUCGCAUCACAGGGCCAAUGCCACGUGGCAUCGCCACCCUCACCAAUCUGACACGCCUCGCCGCAUCCCACAACCAGAUGACCGGCGCGCUGCUGCCGGGGCUUGGCAACCUGAGGCAGCUCACGAUCCUGGACCUGGGCGGAAACAGGUUUCAAGGGCCCAUGCCAGCAAGCUGGGGUAAUCUCAAGAAGCUCCAGACCCUCAAUCUGCAGAGGCUGAAUCUAGGAGGGGCGGUGCCGGCAGCAUGGGCGGGCAUGGUGUCUCUCGAGCACUUUGUGGCGAACGCUGCUCGCAUGCGCGGCCGCUUCCCCUCUGCGCUGCUGAAGCUGCCACGCAUCUCAGACAUCCUUCUCUCCAACAACUUCCUCUGGGGCUCCCUACCGCCUGCUGCCAAGCUCUUUGCUCCCAGGACACUCACGCACCUCGAUGUGAGCGGCAACUACCUCAGUGGUGCCGUGCCAAAGGUGCCUGCAGGCCGUCAGAUUGUGUUCAA